AGGCUAACCUGUAGUAAACGUCAUAAUAAAUAUAACCGUGAAAAAUUAGCUGUUGUUUUUCCAAUCUUUUAGUUAAAUUUUUUUGAACGAAAGUAGUCACAACAAAUUUGCAGUUCUGAUGUUAUGAUAUUAUAGUUAACCCUUUACUGAUUUGUUCUUUUAUCUUUACAACAAUGUUUUCUAAUGGCCUAACUUGCAACCUUCCAUUUAGUUGUAUGAGUGUUACUAGAGAUUCAGGCUCUGAUGAACUUCUUCCUAAUAGAAUGGCACGAGAACCAGUGUUAUUGAAUGUUUAUGAUAUGUAUAAAAUAAAUGAAUUUACAAGUAAUAUAGGACUUGGUGUCUUUCAUUCAGGAGUUGAAAUAUAUGGUAGCGAAUAUGCAUAUGGAGGACAUCAGUAUCCAUUUACAGGUAUUUUUGAAAUCAGUCCUCGAGAUGAAAAGGAAUUAGGAGAACAAUUUAGAUUUAGGCAAACAAUUCAAAUUGGUUAUACAGAUUUUACAGAAGAUGACGUUAAAAGAAUAAUAACUGAAUUAGGAAAGGAAUUUAGAGGGGAUAGAUAUCAUCUAAUGAACAAUAACUGCAAUCACUUUUCUGGAUCAUUUACAAAGAUAUUAAGUGGUCAAGAUAUACCACCAUGGGUAAAUCGUCUGGCGUAUUUUAGUAGUUGGGUACCAUUUCUAGAACGUUGCCUCCCAAAAGAAUGGUUAAUGCCAAUGGUAUUACAACAUUCGUUAAGUUGUAGACAAGAUUCAACCUGUUCCGAAGCCUCAACACCACCAUACUAACAUUGCCAAAUAUAUUUCUUUAUUAAAUGAAAAUUACAGUUAUUCUUAUUUACAAAAAUGAUGAUUGGUAUAUUACACGGUUCAAUGUAAAACUUUUUUUAUAAAAUAUAUAAAAACUACAAAUUUAAUUAGGCCUACAAUUGUUAUUUAAAAAUUGAAAAAAUAUAAAAAAUUUUACCAGGAUGUAUUUAAAUGAAGCAGAAAUAUAAUUCAUACAAAUAAAUAGUAGUCCAUUUAUUUAAGUAGAAUUGAAAGAAAAUAUUUGAUUGUAACUGUGAAAUCGAUGUUCUAAUGAUCUCAACCAAUCCAAAUUUGGCAUGACGUACAAAAGUGCUAUUAUUGCAUUCUUUUUCAAAAUAAAUAUUACGUCAUUGGGCUAAAUUAUACAUAAUAGAUUUGUUGGAUAAAUAGGCUUCUACAAAGAAAGAGUGAUACAAGUGGUGUUCACGUUAUUGCGAUAUCGCAAUUUAGUCAAAUUAUUUAAAAAAAUACUCAACUUUCUCUAAGAAAACCUACGUUUAUGUCCCAUGAAGAGAUUGUCAAGUAAGAAAUUAAAACGUUAAAUUUUAUAUUCAACAAAAGAAACAAAAAUAUAUAAAUUAUAAAAUAUUUCCAUAUUUUUUGAUAAAUAAUUUGACGAUAAUUGGUUCAUCGAUUUUCCAAUUGCAUAAAUAUUAGAUUAAAGUAUAUUUGGCUUAAUUAUAAGAAAUCCUGAAUUAGUUUCGUUGUGAUGAAUUUGUAGUUAAUUUUAAUGAAGUGUUGGAUUUGCAUAUAUGAUAUUUUUUCAAAAAUUAUUAAUUCCACAACAGUCCUUAAAAAUUUAAAUAGGAUCGAAUUUAAUUUAUUUAAUUCAAUUAUAUUUGUAAACAUAUUUACAGCUUUAUACUACACAGUAAAAAUAGAAUACAAUUGGCAACAAUAUUUUGAGGCUCUUUUACCACCAUCUUGAUAAAUUUAAUGUGGGUUCCAAAAGUAUAAGGUUGUAAAUCUAUUGUGGUGUUUACCCCUGUGAAUUUUAAUUGUUUUAAAAUUCUAAGAAUUUUAAAUAAACUACUUUCCAUCUAUAUCAUCAUCAAUAUUCACCUAGUUGAUACCAAUUCGGUCGAUAAAGAUAGACGACGAAUAAAUUAUUGGGGGUUGUUAGAUUUGAAAGUGUUGUAUUUUCUGGAAAUCGUUGCUACAAUAAAAUGUAUACUAAAUUUACACAUUGUGUAUGUAACACUUUACAUUUGGUAUAUACAAAAUUAAAUAUCUUGUUGCAAUUUAUUUUUGAGAAAAUUGUGUCCGAUGUUUUAUUAAAAUGACAAGAAAG